ACGCUGAUCUGUUUCUGGCUAGCAUUAGCUGGCUCGGUUUGUGUGUGAGAGAGACGGAAAUCUUUCAUUUAUAAGGCAGAUAAAUCAAAAUAGUGGAUUUUAACCAAAAACAUCCAUAUUAGCUGUAAAGGAAAAUUCAAUGCGACGACAGGAUCCAUGGCAAAGUGGCUGAAGGACUACCUAAACUUUGGCAGCAGGCGUGACCCUCCACAGCCCCCAAGACCAGAUUACAGUGAGAGUGAAAUUUUGAGGGCGUACAGGGUGCAAAAGGAGCUUGAUUUUGAGGAUCCCUACCAGUGCUUUGAUAAGGAGCACCAGAAUGGUGGUUACAGCUCCUGUAAUGCAACAGUGAAUCUUCCUUCUUUCCAUUCAUUUGGUUCAGUGCUGCCUAAUGGUGUGGAGGUGAAAGUUGUGUCUCCCAAACACAGACUAAUCAAAGUGGAUUCUCAAGAGUUUGGUUGCUGUAAGAGUCCACUGAGUCCUGUGAUGGUUCAGGAGGAACCGGUGGUUCCCUCUGCCCCAGUAGUGGCAGACACUAGCACAGACUACUCUGACCCAUUCGAUGCACGUCCAAACCCAAGAGCAAUCUGGGAGUCGAAAUCUGCACGAACAGAUUGUUGCAGCUACAUGGAGCCAUUUGAAGCUCAGCGGGUUAUCUCAGAACUUCAGCAUAGCGUGAUUGCUAAGAGGUCUGAGAGUGGAGAUGAUGGUCAGUUAUAUGAUAACCCAUAUGAGGAGAGGGCUCGUCUUCACUACCAAGUGACACAGCCAUCACAACAGCAACCCCAAAGAGUUGACUGCAGUCUUGUCCAGGGUGACACCAGGGAAAGUAGGUUGCCUCAGGAUGAUGAGAGGCCAGCUGAUGAAUACGAUCAGCCCUGGGAGUGGAAAAGGGACAACAUAUCCAAAGCUCUAGCUGUUCAGUUUGAAGGGGCUGAAUGGGAGCACUCACGAGGCCCAACAGAACAGAGCCGGCUUGCUAUGUCAGGCUCUAUGUCAACCUCUGCAGACUCGACUACACUCCGUUUGGUUGGUGAGAGCCCUCUUGUCUUGGGAGAAAGAGUGGAUCCAUCUGUGCCACUGGAGAGACAAGUAUGGUAUCAUGGAGCGCUGAGCCGCUCUGAUGCAGAGAACCUCCUGACUCUGUGCAAGGAAAGUUCCUACCUGGUGAGGAACAGCCAGACCUGCCAGAAUGACUACUCCCUCUCUCUCAGGAGUUGCAAAGGCUUCAUGCACAUGAAGUUUACUCAGUCUUCAGAUGGGCGUUAUGUUCUUGGGGAGAACAGCCCUCCUUUCUCCACCAUCCCUGAAGUCAUCCACUACUAUACCACACACAAGCUGCCAAUCCGAGGAGCUGAGCACAUGUCCCUGUUGUAUCCCGUCAUAGUGCAAACCCUCUGAUGCUGACAAAUAUGUCGGUGCUACUGAAUACAGUAUAUGCUCAGUAUUUACAGUGUUAUAGCCCUUUUUCACUGGACAUCUGCUCCAACAUCAUUCUACCUGCACAUGGCACAACAGAGUGCCAUUUUAUUUUAUUUUAACCUCACUGGCAGCUCAAUAAUAGAGCUUGGUGCCUCAAGAACUUGAACCUGUGAACAUGUAUUGUCACUGAAUUGUUUUUUAUAUAGAAUUGGCUCUUGAAAAAUCAGUAAUCCUUCAUAUUUGUAGCUGCAGACCUUUAGUAUUAAAAAAAAAAAUGAUCUAAGUAGACACCACAGGGAAAGUAUAACGAGUCUGUGUCUUGACAGUUGAAUAUGCAGAAGCUUGCAUGCAGAUUUGUGUGUUUGUAGAACAGUCAGCAGCAAUGACUUAAGAGACACAACACUGAGGAUUAUAGUGGUGUUAUCUUUUGGUUUAAAUUCGGACUAAUCAUUGAGGUGGUCAGUAAAGGAUAAGUCCACUUUUUUUACACCGUCCAUAUAUAUGACAAAUAUUGUUAGCAUCAAGCCUCUGAAUGCUCUGCAUACCUUUUAAUUGUAUGAGAGUAAUCCAAUUUU